AUGGGUGUCUCUUUCCACACUCUCGAGAGAGAGAAGAUUUUCCGAGAUCCUCCAACAGAUAAGCCUUCUUAUCCGUUGUUGGCUCAAGCCAUUCAACCUCAUGUUGGCUCGUUCAAUGCAUUGAUGGAGGGCCCAGGUGACGGCCUUUUGAACUUGGCUGUAAAAGAUAUUGGUUCUAAAAUUGUUUUCGAUAGCAAUGACCCAGACAGAUUGGGUAACAAAUUAAGCUGUAAGUCAAUGGAAAUUGGGUAUAUUUUAGGAGAAAACACUUCUAACAUAUUAUAG